GAGCGAGGCUUGUUGCACCAGUGGUAUCCAGGCAUGUUCGUGAUCUUCAUCUCGCAUCAGUGGCUGAGCAAAGUUCAUCCGGAUCCAGAGGGGAAGCAAGUGGAAGUUCUGCAGAAAACGCUCAAAGGAAUCAUUGCAGGAUCUUUGCACGUCCACGAG